UACUGUCCGUGUCCCGAGCGUGAAAGCAGUGGUGAAGAAAGAAAGAGCCACAAAGGAGGCGGAAGAAAAAAUGAGAAAACUUCGAGCAGCUCUGGUAGCAAAAGCAGCGAAGAGAAAAGUUCAUCGCAAAAUCAUUUUGAAAACGAUGGAACAAAAUCGGGCGAGGGAAACGAAAACGAGAACGGUGGUAAAGCGCAUGGUAAUGACAAAGUAAGUAGUGGAAAGGGAGGUGGAAGAGCAUCUAAAGGAGGAGGAAAACCCGGUGGAGCCGGUUCUGGGGCUGGUGGUUAUGGCAUUCCAUCAGGCAGAGCCGAAGAAAGUUCGGAAGUUAAAGUUCCUACCGGUGGUUUCGGUCCCAGUGGUAACUACAAAAAAUUAAGAGGAAAAUCCGGUGGAGCCGGUGGAGCUGGUGGUUAUGGCGUUCCACCAGACAAAACCGGAGAAAGCUCAGAAGAUAAAGUCCUUACUGGUGGUUUCGGUCCCACUGGUAGCUAUAAAAAAGCUUGA